CCACGCUGUUAACUCACCCCAUUGACAAGGGGCUGCUUGUAAAAGCUCUGUUGGCAACGGUGACUUUUGUGGAAGUGAUAGCGGCGAAAGGACGGAACGAUGAAUCUCUGGUUUGAAUCUCCCGUUUUCUCAUGAAGUCGUUCGGCCACCUGGCCAUGUUUUCAACCUCCAUUUUUACUACCUGCAAUAUGGAAAAUACGACACCGGGCCUACCUUGCAGGGUUGUAAUUGUCCCAUUCGGCCAGGAAAAAACCUCAGCUCUGAGCUGAACGUGAGGAGACCCUGAUAGCGCAGGGAUGGAUAACUUGACCGCAUCUGCCGGUGGAAAGAACUCUUGCACUUUCCAUGAGGAAUUCAAGCAGGUCCUCCUGCCGCUGGUCUACUCCGUGGUCUUUGUGGUGGGGCUGCCCUUGAACGCCAUCGUGAUCGUCCAGGUGUGGCUGUCCCGGAAGGCGCUGACCCGCACCACCAUCUACAUGCUGAACCUGGCGACAGCCGACUUAUUGUACGUCUGCUCCCUGCCGCUCCUCAUCUACAACUACACCCAGAAGGACUACUGGCCGUUCGGCGACUUCACGUGCCGUUUCGUGCGCUUCCAGUUCUACACCAACCUGCACGGCAGCAUCCUCUUCCUGACCUGCAUCAGCGUCCAGCGCUACCUGGGCAUCUGCCACCCGCUCUCCACCUGGCACAAGAAACGGGGCAAAGGGUUCACCUGGGUGGUGUGUGGCGGCGUGUGGUUCCUCGUGGUCGCGCAGUGCCUGCCCACGUUCGUGUUCGCCUCCACCGGCAUCCAAAGGAACCGGACCGUGUGCUACGACCUGAGCCCCCCGGACCGCUCGGCCAGCUACUUCCCUUACGGCAUCGCCUUGACGAUCACGGGCUUCCUGAUCCCUUUCGUCCUCGUGGUGGGGUGCUACUGCUCCAUGACCCGCAUCCUCUGCCAGAAGGACGAGCUCAUCGGCUUGGCCGUCCGCAAGAAGAAGGACAAGGCGGUCCGGAUGAUUGUCAUCGUCGUCCUGGCCUUCGCCAUCAGCUUCUUCCCGUUCCACCUGACCAAGACCAUCUACCUGAUCGUCCGGUCCUUGAAGGGGGUGCCCUGUUUCACCCUCCAGUCCUUCGCCAUCGUGUACAAGUGCACCCGGCCUUUCGCCAGCAUGAACAGCGUCCUGGACCCGAUCCUCUUCUACUUCACCCAACGCAAGUUCCGGGAAAGCACCCGGCACUUGCUGGAUAAAGUCAGUUCAAAGUGGAAACAUAACUCCUGAAGGUCUGUGGAAGUCAGUAUUGUCUGCUCAGAUCUCAGGUGGAGAUCUUUCAUGUUACCUGCUGCCUGGUCCCUUUAACUGGAGAUGCCGGGUCUUGAACCUGCGGCCUUCAGCAUGCCAAGCAGAUGUUCCACC